AUGUCGAGUUCUGUGAUUUUUGUUGGUCUCCUGAUCGGGUUUCUGGCUUUGAGUUGUGCUCAGCUUCUGCCUCUGGAAGAAGAUUUUUGUUGCUUUGUGAGGAUGGUUGCAGUUGGUUUUGUGUUUGAGAUGAAGGGUUUAAAUUUAACUGGAGUUAUACCUGAGGAACUCGGAAAUCUUACACGGUUGGAAAAAAUUGAUUUCACUCGCAACUACAUUAGUGGAUCAAUCCCUGCCAGCCUUUCCCGCUCCCCCAUUCGUUUUCUGUAUCUUUUGGGGAAUCGACUAAAUGGUUUAAUUCCUACUGAUAGCUUUACUUUACUCAGAGAGCUGGACUUGGAAGACAAUCAGUUUGAAGGCCCUCUUCCGCAAAACCUCGGGAAGUUGACUCAAUUGGAAAAAAUCCUUUUUUCAGGAAACAAUUUUACUGGUACGAUACCAGAAUCGUACAGAAAUCUGAAGAACUUAAUUGAUUUUAGGAUAGGUGGGAGCCAAUUAUCAGGGAAGAUACCUGAAUUUAUUGGAAACUGGAGCAAACUUCAAAAACUGUGA